GUCUGGAGCGUCUGCUGUGCCUCUGUGCAGACCAGGAACAGACCUUUCUGGAGCGACGAUCCUUCCUCCUAGCACCACCACACCACCCGAUGAAACUUUCCAGCACCUACUCCACCCUGGCCCUUGUGGCGGCGUCGGUCCUGUCGACAGCCGGAGCCCUCGAGCUCACAGUGGGCGACACCGACUCCGUUUGCAGCGCCGCCACGGAGCUCGUCGACGGCAUCAUGGACUACUACCUCGGCACCAGAUACGGCGGUACCGUCGGGAUGUUCCAGCAACCUUACUACUGGUGGGAGAGCGCCCUCGUGUUUGGCGGCAUGAUCGACACGUGGAAGAUCUGCAACAACUACACGUACGUGUCCACGAUCCAGAGCGCCAUCAGCCACCAGAAGGGCGACAGCAACGACUUCUACGGCGUGCCUAACCAGACCCACGUUGAGGCCAACGACGACCAGGUCUUCUGGGGGUUCACCGUGCUCGAGGCUGCCGAGAGAGACUUCCCGGCCUACUCCAACAACUCGGGCGACCCCUCCUACGCCGACCUCGCCCUCAACGUGUACAACUCGAUGGCCGACCGCUGGGACGCCGACAACUGCGGCGGCGGCUUGAGGUGGCAGAUCAUGAGCAACAUGAGCGGCUGGACGUACAAGAGCACCGUCUCCAACGCAGGCGUGUUCGCUCUGGGCGCCCGCUUGGCCCGGUACACGGGCGACAACGAGCUCGUCAAGUCCUCCAGCAGAAUUCUGCGCUGGAUGAAGAAGGCCUUCUUCGUGCACGCUCCCACCGACGACAGCGACAACGCCGGCAACUACUACAAUGUCUACGACGGCGCAGACAUCGUCAACGGCUCAUGUCCCGUCGUCAACGGCGCGAUCUGGUCCUACAACUACGCCUUGAUGACCAUGGGCUCGGCCUACUUAUACAACGCCACGGGCGACGACGCCUGGGGCUCCGAGCUCGACAAGUUUCUCGGCGGAAUCGAACACUACUUCCUCAGCCCUAACGCCACUGACGUGCUAUACGAGUACCAGUGCCUCCAGUGGGGCAGGUGCAACAACGACCAGCGCUCCUUCCGGGCCAUCGUCGCCAGGGCCUUGGGCGACGUCGUCGUCCUCGCCCCAUCCUUCGCCGACAGGGCCAACAAGAUCAUCGACGCCUCAGCCAAGGGUGCCGCCAGCGCCUGCUCGGGCGGCUCCGACGGCCACACCUGUGGCAUGAGCUGGAGCGACGGCGACUGGGAUGGCUUCUACGGCUUGGGCGAGCAGAUCGCCGCUCUCGAGAUCAUCCAGAACUCCGUCAUUGGCAGCAUCGGCGUCCCCUGUACCGAGGAGACCUGCGGCGACAAGCUCGACAGCUCCAGCUUCGUCACCGUCCCGGCCCCAACCGUCACCAGACACUUCACCAAAACCAGCACCGACGUGCACACGGAGACUCACACCACCUCGGUCGUCACCGAGCUGUUCUACACAGCCAAGUAAGCUGUCUCACGUCACUUAAAAGAAAACGAAAACGAGCAUGAACAUGAACAUGAACAUGAACAUGAACAUGAACAUGAACAUGAACAUGAACAUGAUGAAUCUCAAAACGAACUCAAAAUCCAAAAAACGUACCUUUUUCACUUCUCCGAUCCUUUUUGUCUCUUCUUUUUUUUUCAUUCACCACACGCAACCUUUUUGUCCGAUUGUACUCCACCCCUACCCUUUUUUAUUCUCCUGUUGUGUUAUAUAAUAAUCGUCUUCUGUCUCCGUAG